AUGCACAUACCAGAUGUUUUCAAGGUUCUGAGUGUUUUUAAAGUCUACAAGGAAAGCUUCCUUGGACUUCGACACCACAAAAAUUGGCCAACAUAUGAAGGACUUACUCUUUGCCACGACGAGACAAUACGAAGGAACAAGAAAGGACGUCCAAAUAGUAUAAGAAUUAGAACCAAAAUGGACGAUCUUGAGAAAGAAAAGAGAUGGUGUGAGAUUUGUCGAGAAAUUGGCCAUAUGCGUAGGAAAUGUCCAAAUGUAGCAGGCCCUUCAAAUCGACCUGUCUAG